AUGGACACAAACAAUACACUUUGCGAUGAGAUAGACAGAAUUGUGGACAAAUUGAAGUCUACUACGGAUUUUCAUAAAUGUAUCUCGGAUAGUAAUGGACAUUCCUAUGAAUGUAAAGAGAAAUCCCAGGUCGGAGCAGACUGUAUAGUCAAUCACAGGAAGGAUGGGCUUCUCAUACUCAAAGGCUCAUGUGAAUUCAUGGUAGAUGCAAUGUCGAACUUCGUAAUACCAGCCACCAUGUCUAGGAUUAAAAAGAAGGGUGUAUCUGUGGCUGUAGAGAAGGCUCUCCGGUUGUUAGAGCAUCAUGCCCUGCAUCUCAGCAAAGCCGUAAGUGAAGAAGAUAAGAAAGAAAAGAUCUAUCUUAGCAUGGAAACCCAGGAAAUGGAUCGGCUUUAUAGGAAGCAUGGUGAGGAGCUUCAGAAUGGGCUUGACCCCGAAAGGUUUCUUUCUAGUGGUGAGCUGGAGCUUAUUCAUAGGAAUGUGGAACAGUGGACCAGCUGCAUAAGAGGACUUCAUGAGUCCGUAGGAUUCAAAAGAAGUGGGUUUCAUGAGGAAAAGACCUUCUGGAGCAAAUUCUAUAUGGAGAUGUGCUAUAUAAGAGAAUUCGGAAAGUCCGAAGUAUUUGGAUUUGUUCAUGAUGUUUUGAAGAGGAGUAAAAGGUUUGUUUCUGCAGCAACCCUAGAGAGCUUGAUGUUAUCAAACAAGUACUUCGAACUUGGAAGAGGGCUUCAUGGCUUCUAUGAGGGCAUGGACUUUAAGGGAGUUUAUUUUCCAAGGAGCUUGGACGAGUUCAAGGACUCUACAGUUAGUGCUAUAAAGGAAAUCGGCAGAAGAAUUGGAAGACAGUCGAAGAUGGCUCGAAAACUGAUUCUUUCCCAGAUGGAUAGACUAGUUUGGCUAAUAAUCGACAAGGUGCAUGAGAACCUAUCGAUUGGGUGGCUUAAGUGUUGUGAAGAACUACUUUUAUGCUCUAUAGAGAGUAUGUGCUCACUUACUGUUUCUAGGGAGGGCGAGGAAUCUGAGGCCAUGUCCUUAGAGUCGUCAUUGUUCUAUGAAUUCAGGGGAGGAGAGGAGUUGGCCAAAUUUCACUCCGAAUUCAAAGACAUCAAGAAAAUCCUUCUCUUUUCUUGGUCGUUCAAGGGACUUGGAGCAGUUGUUCCUAAGUUACUGAAGAGUUCUCCAGAAAAGGCUGCCCAUGAAAUAAGAUACAGAAGCCUGCUACAAGAAAUGAUAUCUGAGAUUGGAGAUCCUGACUUGAGGCCUGUGGUAGGAUGGAUGAAGAAAGAUCUCUUCAACAUUAAGGCUAGACUAGAAGUUGUAUUUGACCAACAGGAGGGGUUUGUCUCCGAUGUUUUCAACGAGGCUUUCGAAAGGAUUUGCGACAUAGACUCUGAUAUCCUGGAGGAAGGCGAGAAAGAAAGAAACCGAAGUUCUGGGGGUAUUAUUGCCACAGGAGGAUGGAGAUAA